AUGUGCCUACUUUCAUACUGAUUUGAAUAUCUCUACAAACUAUGGACCUAGACCUGUUAGAAACACCAGGGACAAAACAGGUGACCAAGUCAAAGAAACGUCGAUCUGUACGUCUCCGAAGAAAGUCGCAAGUGUUCGGUUUAGGACCAGUCUGCGAUGAAAAAAAUACAGACGAUACAUGCCCCGUGAAAAGUUACUGUGAAGAUGUUGACUUUUCUGUUGUGGAGCAGGUGUAUGAAGAAAAGAACUGUUCGACCCCUCAUAACCAAUAUGGCAGUGUAUGGAUGGACACAGAUUCACCAGAAAUGGCAGAAUUUUUGAUCAGAAGAAAUAGACGGAAAUCGCGUGUCCACUUUCCUUUAGUAUCUGUCACUGAUGGAUCGGAUUCUCCUGUCUGUGGUGAAUCUGACCCUAACCUAGACGAUCACCACUUGAGUAUGGAAUUGUCCAGGACAGGAGAUGCAAAUAAUAGUCCAGAGAGUGCCAAUGGUCUCAUGGGCAGUUACGUUCUACCACAGAGUCCUCUAGUGGACACACAUGAAACGACAGGUUUUGGUGAUGUAAGAGUUAAUCCACUGCAGGAAAAUGAUUGUAGUCCAGCCGUCAAUUCUUUUACGGAGUAUUUACCAAGUGACAAUAGCACCGCAAGUUUAUCACCUUGUUACGAAGCCAAUGAUUACAAUAUUGGCAAGACAUUUAAAUCAAUUCCCCAACAUACUCAAAACUUAGUUGAUGCUACAAAAGAUUUAGCAUAUUCACAGAAUGACAGCAGUAGGGAGAUAGUUUUGUCACACAUAGAAAAUAAAAUUCCUGCUGGAAGUACGCAAGGACUGACCUCUAGUAUGACCCCGAUUGAUACGUCGAGAAAUUUGUCUUCUGAUAUGACUACUACAUUAACUCCAUAUUCUCCAUCUCAACCCAUUUUCAAGAACAUUUCACCGCCAGAAUGUGGAAGUCCAAACUCCACUCUUUCACCAAUUUAUCUGACACCAGCAUGUAAGGUCACAAAAUCACAAGAGGAUAUGGACGAAGAUGAAGAUAUUUGGAAAACCUGCCAGAAAGCCAUUAUACCUGAGAUGAACAUAAAUGUUGGUCAGACUCCAGAUACAGAGAGAAAGACAAAAGGCUUGAUAUCCACUCAGAAAAAGUUCUCUCAAGCAGGUUCUAAAUCGAAAAGUGUAGUACCUUCCAAAGAGCAGACAUCAGGAUUUCUGUCUAUAUGUAGGUCACUGGCAGGAAAGCUAGCAACUGCUGUUAGAAAUAGUCCAGAUAGUGACAAUAGAAUGUCCUCAUCAGAAGAUUCUUUCACUUCUUUUAAACCUGUUAGUGUUUCGGGUGAUGCUGUCACCGAGAACUCUUCUGUGGAUAACUCUAGUAAAGGAAUAACAGAUUUGAUGUGUGGUGAAUCUGACCUGCAUAGUCUGGGAGAGGAAACCAAUCUGUCAAGUACAUCUUCAUAUGACAAGAAAUCUGGUGCAGAAACUUUACUAGAUUCAACUUCAUGUGUAUCCAUAUCUUUCCCUGUGAGGACAAUAGAUAAAAAAGAUGACGGAGACGAUAAUUCUGUUUAUGAAAACAUUACACGUGAAAAUCCUUUACAUACCAUUGGCCUUAACCCAGUACAAGAGACUAUUAACAUGAAUUGUGAAAAAGUGACAGACACAUAUGAUUCCUAUACAAAUCAACCGUUUUGUUCAUUAACUCCAGACAGAGCCAACACAACUGUAUGGAGGGAGAGUAAUUCUAGAUGUGAUGGUGAUGAAGUUUCUCAUGAACAGUCUGCAAGUUUACAAAAUGGUAGUCCAGAAUGUGGUAAUGAAGCCAUCAUUCAACAUUUAGAGGUCUGCUUUGAUUACAUUGAUUCAAAGUCUGAACUGGAGUCUGAUAUCAAAGAUAUCACUGGCCUUUCAUCAGAAACUGGACAACACAAGCCUAUCAGUGUUUCUGUAGAAUCCACUUCUCCAGAAGUCUACAGUGUAAUGAAAAUCUCAGAUCCUACAGACUCUACCGUCGCAUCUAAAUUAACCUCUAAUAAAAUGAGGAAAGAUAAAACCAAAAAUAAAAGGACUGGGAGAAAGUCUAUAGGCCUGGUCAGGAAGGAGUCAGCAAGUUGUGAGUUAUCAGAGAGUGUAAAUAAGCUCAGUUUGAAUGUAGGUUCUGACAUGGACACUUGUGACAUUAGUAGUAAACCGAAAAAAUGUAAGUCAUCGAAAUCUGAUGAAGGUGCAUUGCUUGGUGUUAAUAAAAAGAAAAGACAAGCUCAGAAGACUGCUGGUGCUAAGGAGCAGUUACAAGAUGUCAGAGAAAAGUUGUCUGCUGAGAACAGGUCAACAUCACAACAAUUUGAAACUUCAUUAUCCUCGUCUAUUGUUAACAUAAAAAAGCAACAUUCAAGAAAGUCAGUGAGCAACGCUUUGAUUGAGGAAAGCUUAGUGCCUAGAGAGGUGGUGGUAUCAACAUCAAGUGCUGUAAAGGAAAAGGUGUUUCAACUAGAAUUUCCAAACAAUACAGCAACUGCUUUUAAGGAAAAUGCAAUAUCAGUGGUAAACACAUUGGGUGAAGUGAUACCUUCUCUGUCUGAUGAACUUAUACCAACAUGUGUAGAGUCUACAACGACAUCAGUAAGUACAGCAAAGAGAAAAGGUCGUACCCGUAAACAUGUAGCAUCAGGUGUUAUAAGCAAUGAGCCUAACUCAUGUAUAGAAAAUGAUUCCCUGCCGUCCAUACCUUCAGUAAAUGUUGCCAAGAAAAGAGGUCGUUCACGGAAAUCAAUGCACUUUAUACCUCCAACUGUAGUUGAAGGAAUGGACGACCAUUCCUCACAAGAAACUCCUAGUGCAGAGCCUCAGGACACUUCAGUACCACAAGUUUGGGUCAAUAGAACUGAUUAUACAGACAAACAAGAUAAUAUAUCAGAACGUAAACAGGAAAGUGUUGACAAUAUUAAAGUACUAACUACUGAGGAUCUGAAAUCAUUGGAUGAAUAUUUAGGUAUACAAGAACCAGAGGCAGUGGUCAUUCCACCACCAAAGAAAAGAGGUCGGUCUAGGAAAUCUGUUGAUGGUCGGACACAGACAAAAGCAUGUGUGGAACCACCUACGGAGUCGGCAGAUAAACAGUCUGGGAACAUUCUUGGAAAUCAGGAAGAGGAUUCUACAGUGAUGGAUGUUCAGACAAUUGUCAAAGAUUCAUUGGUAGCUGAACUAGAGGAUCUAGAGCUGAUGGAGAGACCAAAGAGAAAGAGCAAACGCAUACAGAGGCGAUCCAUAGAAAUUUAUCGCCAGGUUCAAACUGCGAACUCGUCGGAGGAAGAUGUACCUAUGUCACCCUUGGAAACAGUGGAGGAGUCCAAACCAAUGACAGCCGUGUUACAGGAUGUCAGCAGUAACCAUGGAAACACAAGAAGCAACCAAGAACCUAAGACUAAACUUGUCCGUAAAAGGAAACUCGCUAAUAAUGAGCCUUCUGUCGAGGAUUUUUACAGAAAUAAAAACUUCAAGAGACCUGCUCCGAAAAUCUGGGAAACUAUCUAUGAGGCCCCAUCAGAUGAACAGAUCUAUAGCAAGAAAAGAUAUCGUCGAUCAAUCACAUUUGACGAAAGUCUAAUGGUGCCGCCUGCCAAGACUAAGAUGAGGCUCCGAAAAGCUGUAAAAAAUGGGCUGGACCCACGGCAACGUAGGAAGAAAAUGUUAUCUGAUAUUGUUGUUAAGAAAAAGUUGGCAAAAAUAGAAUCUAUUUUACAAGAUGAUGAUUGA